AUGCUCUCUCUUUUGUUCAAAAAUAAGAUCACCGAGGAGGAGCAAAUCUAUCUGUUGGACAAAUUCAGGGGAUUCCCACAGAAAUAUGAAUACGACAUCACCCACGAUGUCGAUAUGAAGCUCUCUAUCUACGUCGGGGAUAAAGAUGAUGCGCAAAUGAUGAUCGAUAGAUUGAGAGCCGAUGGUCUAAAAUUCAUCGGUCAAAUCCACCGCGGACGCCCGUUCCUUGAGUGUAUCCGUCGAGGGGACGACAAUGAUCAUGGAGAUGCCGAUCAUCAGACCGGAGAGCCACCAGCAAAAGAAAACAUAAAAAAUGCAAAUCCAGAGAGAGCUUCUUCUCCACGUCCAGAAGCAGAGCCGAAUAUCGGACGGGCCUUGGACGAAAUGAUAUUGGCAGAUAGUCAAUCAAUGUCUCAAAGAUACGAUCGUGAUGACGAAGACGGAGAGCCACCAGCGAAAAAGAGAGUCGAAAACGCAUAUACACCCCGCAGAACUCCUUCUUUUCCACGUCCAGAAGCAAAGCCGAUUUUCAGUCAUGCUUUGGACAAAUUGCACGAGAGGCAAAAUCUAUCAUCGUCCCAAAGAUAUGUCACCGUUGACCAGUUUGAAGAGUUGCGUCAGAAAGCUCAGGAUCAGUUGAACGCGUUCUCGAUGGAUUUGAUGAGUCAAGUUCAAGCCAUCUCCGCAACCGUUGCUAUUCAUGCGAGAUCCGCUCAAAAUUCGGAUACCUCUGAUCUGGCUUCUCCAUCGAACUCUGCCAAACCGCAACCGAUGUCAGCACAAUUCAAGGCCAAGAAUGAGCUGAUUGCCAAUGGAAUCCGUUGUGAGAAAUGCGGAACAACAGUUCAUGGAGCCGAGCCAAUUACCAAGCUCAUCAUGGCGGUUCGAGAGCAUGUCAUGACCCACUUUGACAGUGAGAAUCCACGUCUCAAGCGCUUCAAGUGCAGAGAAUGCAAAGAUUUCUCUACCAACUUCGUUGAUGACUUUGAGAAGCAUCUGAAAAAGCACGGAAGUAUGACAGGUCUAACUGAGAAGAGGCAGAAAUUGACUGCCAAUUUGCUCACAACCACUCAUCUGAAGUUGAUCGCAAAACUCUCUUCUGAUUGUUUCCCUGAGGUCUUCGAGAAAAACGCUCCAGAAAUCAAUACGAUUCGCGCUGUGGAUACUCCGAUGAGAGCCAAAGCUUCCGUAUUCCCCAAUUUGGAUCGCCUCUGCUGCUCCAAGUACAAUAUCCCAUACUCAGCGACUGGACGCACUUCACUUCCAGGGAAUGUCAUCAAAAUCGACUGA